AUGCGUGGUCCGCAGUCCUACAGACCUGCGAAGAAUUACGCGGUUAAGAUGUACUUCAAGCUCCUUAACCUUCCCUCUGGACACGCUUAUGCCGAAGUCAAACUGAACGUGGCUCUUACUGUUAACGGAAAGUCAAAGUACUUCAUGCUGGCUAAGCUUCCUAUGCAACAGUUAAAUUUUGGAUGGACGGAAAUAAGUGGCGAUUCUCAUGCUCAAAAUGGAACCACCGUCGCUUAUACAUAUAUUGAGAUACCAGACAUAUCAAUCAAUUACCUGGUGGACUUCGCCAGUGCCCAGGAGCUACCUCAUAAUUCCCACUGGAUGUCAGAUGCCCAAAAUAGAAUCAACAACAUCCGAAAGGCUCCCGUCUCAUUCAAGUGAAUUGCCACAGUAGUUAAUGCACGUGGUAUAUCGAUCGAGUUGGUCCAAAAGAAACGAAAUUUUGCUUUUGGAACUGCUGUGGUCGCUCAAUCCAUGACCGACAAUCAGUCAGAAAAGGAAUAUCAGGACUUCGUGUACAAUAACUUUGAAUGGGCAAUCUUUGAAGGUGCCUUGAAGUGGAUGGCCAUGGAGUGGACAGAGAAUCAUAUUAACUUAGACAGAGCGUUGAAUGCUAUUUCUGCAUUGAAAUCCCAUGGAAUUAAAGUUCGGGGACACAACAUGUUUUGGGAUGUGGAUCAGUAUGUUCCCCAGUGGCUGAAAGGAAAAUCCCAAAAUGAUCUUUUGUCUUCUAUGAAAGGUCAUGUGAACCAAGUGAUCUCAAGGACGAAGGGGAAGUUAGAACACUGGGAUGUCAACAACGAGAAUCAUGGAGACUGGUUUGAACUUCACACAUGUAACCCAGAUAUUGCAGAGAAGAUGUUCCAGUGGAUCCACCAACAGGAGCCAAACGUGAAACUGUUCCUCAACGACUACGAAGCCAUCAACCAGCAUUAUUUUACAACAGCGCUAAGAAAUCAAGCAUUACAUCUUAUAAAGGACGGGGUACCUGUUUAUGGUCUUGGACUCCAAGGACAUUUCUUUUCCCACAACAUUGACAUGGAUGUUCUCAAAUAUCGGCUGGAUAAGCUUGCUGAGUCCGGGCUGAAGCUGUGGAUCACGGAACUGACACUGUUUGACACAGAUAGCAACAGAAAGGCCAGAACCCUAGAAAAUCUCCUGACCUUGUUCUUCGGUCACUCGGCGGUAGAGGGCGUCUUAUUCUGGGGAUUCUGGGAUAGACAUAUAUGGCACACACAGGAUGCACUAUUUAUUGGAGAUAACAUCACACCAAAUGCAGCUGGACAGAAAUACCUUGAUCUUUUCCACAAAACGUGGAAGACAUACUUUGUUUACGAUGUAAACCCUGGCAGUACAGUCAACAUACAGGCAUAUUUAGGAGACUAUCAACUGGACAUAAAAAAAAAUGGUCAUCUUAUUCACCAAGAGAAUUUCAGCCUCGGCAAAUCAGGAAAAGAUAUAACUAUUUGCCUCACAAGUGAUCAUCAUGGAGUUUCACAGAUUCUGUUUGGAUAA